CUCUUCACCUCCCGGGCAGUGCAAAGGAAGUUUCGAAACGGGUGAGAGGCGACGACGUAGUGCAGCGGAGCUAAUGGAAAGAGGCUGGCUUACCCUCCAGACUUACUUGGUACUCGAUCUCCAAGGAGGCCUUCAGAGGCAUGGGCUGGUAGAAACACUCCUUGCGGCCGGCCGGAAGGGUAAACGUGAAGUCGCUGUCUAAGGAAUGCGUGAAGCUGACCACUCCCGGCAGCAGCAGAGCGGCCAGGAGGAGCACCGGGAAGGGCAGCCCGGUCUUGCCGCCCAUCCCUGCCGGGGCGCUCUCGAGAAAUGGCGUUGGGAGGUGUGGGUGGUCCGCACGUGGGUUCUAGCGUCCUCCGACGACUCCUUGUGGUUGGCUGGUAAACCUGGAGAAAAUUCCAGGUGGCGGCCGCGGCGGCAGACACUCGCAGAAUGCGUGCUACGCCAGCCACCAAAGGAAAUGGAACCUAAUUCAUCAAACUACUAUAAGAAUGACAAUGAAGAAGAAAAUUUGCUUGCAAAUGUUGCUUCUUUAAGACAUGAACUGAAGAUAACAGAAUGGAGUUUGCAGAAUUUAGGGGAAGAGUUAUCCAGUGUCAGUCCAAGUGAAAAUUCCGAUUAUGCCUCUAAUCCCUCAAGGUCUGAAAGGCUGAUUUUGGAAGAUCUUUCUCAGCCUAGCCAUCUUGGACUUUUGAAUUACUCACCUUAUAAAAAAGUGUACAAAAUGCCUAGUAGCAGUACUGAUUUUCAAAAACAACCAAGAGAUAAGAUAUUUUUUUCAUCGUCUACCCCCAUGGAUCAGGAGAUCAAAAGUCUUCGAGAGAAACUUAAUAAACUUAGGCAACAGAAUGCCUGUUUGGUGUCACAAAAUCAUUCUUUAAUGACUAAAAUAGAAUCUGUCCACUUUGAAUUAACACAGUCAAGAGCAAAAGUAUCUAUGCUUGAAUCUGCGCAACAACAGGCAGCCAAUAUUCCAAUCUUAGAAGAACACAUUAUAAAUUUGGAAGCAGAAGUUUCAGCCCAAGAUAAAGUUUUGAGAGAAGCAGAAGAUAAAUUGGAACAGAGUCAGAAAAUGGUGAUUGAAAAGGAACAGACUUUGCAGAAGUUCCAAGAGGAAUGUAUAAAGUUGAAGGUGGACUUACUUGAACAAAGUAAACAAGGAAAGAGAGCUGAGCGGCAAAGGAAUGAAGCACUGUAUAAUGCUGAAGAGCUGAGUAAAGCUUUCCAACAUUAUAAAGAAAAUGUGGCUGAAAAGCUGGAAAAGGUUCAAGCUGAAGAAGAAAUAUUAGAAAAAAAUCUAAUUGACUGUGAAAAAGAAAAUAAAAGGCUACAGGAAAAGUGUGGUCUGUAUAAAAGUGACCUUGAAAUUCUGAAAGAGAAAUUAAGGCAGUUAAAAGAAGAAAAUAACAAUGGAAAAGAAAAAUUAAGAGUCAUGGCGGUGAAAAAUUCAGAAGUCAUGGCACAACUAACUGAAUCUAGACAAAUUAUUUUGAAGCUAGAGAGUGAUGUAGAGGACAAGGACAAAAUACUUCGAGAAAAAUUUUCUCUAAUGAAUGAAAACCGAGAAUUAAAGGUUCGUGUUGCAACACAGAAUGAGCGACUGGAUGUAUGUCAGCAAGAAAUAGAAAGUUCAAGGGUGGAACUGAGACGUUUGGAUAAAAUUAUGUCCCAGUUACCAUUAAAAAGAGAAAUGUUUGGUUUUAAAUCAUCUCUUUCUAAGCACCAGAUGAGUAGUUUGCCAAACAAGGAAGACAAUUACAUUGGCUGUUGUGAGGCAAAUAAAAUGAUGAUUUCGGAAUUAAGGAUUAAGCUUGCAAUAAAAGAGGCGGAAAUUCAAAAGCUUCAGGCAAAUCUGACUGCGAAUCAGUUAUCUCAGAGUCUUAUUUCUCAUAAUGACAACAAAGAAAGUGGCAAAUUAAACAGUUUAGAAACAGAACCUGUAAAACUAAAAGGUAGUCAAGUAGCAGAAAGUAUAAAAGAGCAAAAUCAUUCUACUGUUAACAAGCAAUAUGAAAAAGAAAGGGAAAAACUUGCUUCUGGAGUAGAAGAACUACGUACUAAGUUGAUGCAAAUAGAAGCUGAGAAUUCUGAUUUGAAAGUUAACAUGGCCCACAGAACUAGUCAGUUUCAGCUGAUUCAAGAAGAACUGCUAGAGAAAGCUGCAAACUCUAGCAAACUUGAAAGUGAAAUGACAAAGAAAUGUUCUCAACUUUUAACUCUAGAGAAACAACUGGAGGAAAAAAUAAUUGCUUAUUCCUCUAUUGCUGCAAAAAAUGCGGAACUCGAACAGGAGCUUAUGGAAAAGAAUGAAAAGAUAAGAAGUCUAGAAACCAAUAUCAAUACAGAGCAUGAGAAAAUUUGUUUAGCUUUUGAAAAGGCAAAGAAAAUUCAUCUUGAACAGCAUAAAGAAAUGGAGAAGCAGAUUGAAAGACUUGAAUCUCAACUAGAGAAAAAAGAUCAACAAUUUAAAGAGCAAGAAAAGACUAUAUCCAUUUUGCAGCAAGACAUAAUGUGCAAACAACAUCAUCUUGAAUCACUAGACAGACUCUUGACAGAAAGCAAAGGGGAAAUGGAAAAGGAAAAUCUGAAAAAAGAUGAAGCUUUGAAAGCAUUACAGAACCAAGUAUCUGAAGAAACAAUCAAGGUCAGACAGUUAGAUUCAGCAUUGGAAAUUUGUAAGGAAGAACUUGCCUUGCAUUUGAAUCAAUUGGAAGGAAAUAAGGAAAAGUUUGAAAAACAGCUAAAGAAGAAAUCUGAAGAGGUUUAUUGUUUACAGAAAGAGCUAAAGAUGAGAAAUCACAGUGUUCAAGAGACUUCUGAGCAAAAUGUUAUUCUACAGCAUACUCUUCAGCAGCAGCAGCAAAUGUUACAGCAAGAGACAAUAAGAAAUGGAGAACUAGAAGACAUUCAAACUAAGCUUGAAAAACAGGUAUCAAAACUGGAACAAGAGCUUCAAAAGCAAAAGGAAAAUUCGGCUGAAAAGUUGAGAAAAAUGGAGGAGAAAUGUGAUGCAGCCACGCAUGAAGCGGAUUUGAAAAAGCAGAAAGUUAUUGAGCUUACUGGCACUGCCAGGCAAGUAAAACUUGAGAUGGAUCAGUACAAAGAAGAGCUGUCUAAAAUGGAAAAAGACAUAAUGCACCUAAAACGAGAUGGAGAAAAUAAAGCAAUGCAUAUCUCUCAGUUAGACAUGAUCCUAGAACAGACAAGGACAGAACUAGAGAAGAAAACAAAUGCUGUUAAAGAGUUAGAAAAGUUACAGCACCAAAUGGAAACUGAACUAACAGAAACCUUGCAGAAACGGGAGGUACUAGAGGCUGAACUACAAAAUGCUCAUGGAGAAUUAAAAAGUACUUUAAGACAACUCCAGGAAUUGAGAGAUGUGCUACAGAAGGCUCAAUUAUCAUUAGAGGAAAAAUACACCACUAUAAAGGAUCUCACAGCUGAACUUAGAGAAUGCAAGAUGGAGGUUGAAGAUAAAAAGCAAGAACUCCUUGAAAUGGAUCAGGCACUUAAGGAGAGAAAUUGGGAGCUAAAGCAAAGAGCAGCUCAAGUUACACAUUUGGAUAUGACUAUUCGUGAGCACAGAGGAGAAAUGGAACAGAAAAUAAUUAAAUUAGAGGGUACCCUGGAAAAAUCAGAAUUGGAAGUUAAAGAAUGCAACAAACAGAUUGAAAGUUUGAAUGAAAAAUUGCAAAAUGCCAAAGAACAGCUCCGAGAAAAAGAAUUUAUAACACUACAAAAUGACCAGGAGAUCAGUCAACUGAAAAAGGAAACUGAAAGAGCACAACAAAAGAUGGAAGAAAUGGAAAGUGUUAUCAAAGAGCAGGAACAAUACAUUGCAACUCAAUAUAAGGGGGCCAUAGAUUUGGAGCAAGAAUUGAGGCUAACCCGGGAGCAGAUGCAGAGCUCUCAUACCGAAUUGGUGGAGGCUCAUCGCCAACAAAUCCAAGCACAGAGAGAAAUAGAAAGGCUUUCAAGUGAACUGGAGGAAAUAAAGCAACUCUUUAAAGAGAAGGAAGCUCAUGGAAACCAUUUAGUUGAAGAAUUGGGGGCUUCUCAACUACGUGAAGCUCAUUUAGAAGCAAGAAUGCAAGCAGAAAUCAAGAAAUUGUCAGCAGAGGUAGAAUCCCUCAAAGAAGCUUAUCAUCUAGAGAUGCUCUCACAUCAAGAGAAUCAUGCAAAGUGGAAGAUUUCUGCUGACUCUCAAAAGACAUCUGUUCAGCAACUAAAUGAACAGUUAGAGAAGGCAAAAUUAGAAUUAGAAGAAGCUCAGGAUACUGUAAGCAGUUUGCAUCAACAAGUCCAAGACAGGAAUGAAGUAAUUGAAGCUACAAAUGAAGCAUUACUUAUUAAAGAAUCGGAAUUAACCAGAUUACAAGCCAAAAUUUCUAGACAUGAAAAGGCAGAAGACAUCAAAUUUCUACCAGCCCCAUUUUCAUCUCCAGUAGCAAUUCCUGGCAUUCAAGAUCCAAAAUUUGCUAAAUAUGCUCACACAGCUGUUUUCAAGUGUAGAAAACUACGUCGCUCUAUUAGUGCCAGUGACCUUAGUUUUAAAACUCGUGGUGAUGAAGAUCUUUCUGAAGAAUUACUACAGGACUUAAAAAAAAUGCAACUAGAACAACCUUUAGCAUUAGAAGAAAGCCAGAAGGAUCUGACUUAUACCCAGUCAGACUCAUUUAAACCUCUCACAUAUGACCUAGAAGAUGACAGCUCUGAGAAUGACUUCAGUACUCUCAGUGGAAUGCUAAGAUACAUAAACAGAGAAGUGAGACUAUUAAAAAAGUCUUCUAUGCAAACAGGUGCUGGUUUAACUCAGGGAGAAAAAUUAUAAUUAAAAGAAGAUGUUGAUGUAACGAAAAAUGGGAUUUUUGGUACUGUGCUGCGUUUUCUUCUUAUAUGUAGCUCAUACUUCAUAGAUGCUCUUAUUUUACUGCUUUUGAAUAAAUUUUAUAUUUCAGUACUUUCAUUGUUGUUCCAUUACACUUGUCCCUAUUUUUCCUCCAUUACUCUCCCCUGCCAU